AUGCCAGCAAAGAAGAAAGCAGUCGUCGGUCAGUUCAUUUUGGAGGAGGUUGGCCGACGAUUCCAACAGAUUCACAAAAGUGCUGCACAUAUCCAUAAGUGUAAGACAGAGUUACUUUCAUUUGCGAAUGAUAAUAGAUCAGAUGUGGUGGAUGCCGUUUGCCGUGUGGUAUUAUUGGUAUUAAAAGAAUCCCCACGUCUCGCACCAGAUUCAUUAAAGCGUCAUUACUCAUUUUUAUCAGAAGUUUCUAAAGGAUUUCGAGAACGUUACGAAUCCGAUGAAAUUGCUAUUGCGAUGCUAAAAACAGUGGAACCGUUUCAUAAUGCAAAUGAUAAAACUGUACGUCUCGGUGUUGUCUCCGUCUUUGAUGCAUUACUAAAGACGGUGGAUCAAACCAAUACAUCAGAAGAACGACAAAAUUUUUAUCAAAAUGUUGCUGAAAUGUUAAAAUUACGUAUACAUGAUAAACAUCCAGCUGUACGAGAGAAAGCUACAUCUGCUGUUUCUUGCUUUCAAUCAGGAAAGAAAGAUUGUGAUGUAACCCAACAACUCAUAGCACUUCUUUGCACAGAUAACUCCGCUGAUGUUCGUCGUCAAGUGUUACGAUGCAUCUGCGCACGGAAAGAAUUUCUUGAAGGGUAUUUUCACGGUAUGAUUCGAAGUGUUCGGGAUGUUGUUUCACGUGUGCGAGCAGAGGCGUGGGAUGCACUAAGCCGUUUUCAUUGGAAAUAUAUUGCUGCCUACGCUAUGGCGAAAAAUAUUGCCUUACCAGAGUUAAUUCAUCAAGGUUUAAUAGAUAGUAGUAGUAGUGUUAGUAUUGCAUGUAGGGCAGCACUGACCAAUUGUUGGCUACAUCGUGACUAUAAAGAUGAUUGUGAAAGUAUGUUUGAGUUGGUACUUGGUAAUGGAAAUGGAAAUCUUGACUCUUAUGAAGUGGUGUGUACAGAGAUGUUACAAUAUUCUAGAAAACAUAAAAAUACAAAGAAUUAUGUGGUAAAUUUUGAACUUGUUAGUGCUACAUCUCUUUUAUUAUGGAAGGCUAAUGCUAAAUUAUCUGCAGAUACAGAAGGAGAAGAUGAAACCGCUAUUUUACUUCCAUUACCAGAAUUUAGUCAACUCUUACAAGAUACUGUAUAUGCAUACGCUCGUCCAGAUGUGGAAUCCAAAACUGUAAAGUUUAAGAAUAUUGAUGAAGCAGAUGUUAUGCUUCGAAUUCUUUUAUCAACAUUUGAUAUUUAUGAAGAAAAUGGAUAUUUAACGCAUGCUGAUAAUACAACUCGUAGUAGUCUUUUACGUAUUAUUGGUUUUCUUCUUAAAGUGGUUCCAGAUGAUGAUCCGGCAUUAUUUGUAGAUGUGGCUGUUCGUACACUAAAGUCUCUUACAGAGCGAACUCCAGAAGAGGCCACUAAAACCAUCACAUCUUCUUUGGAUUCCCUCUUUCGUAGUUUGAAAUUACCUCAGAUGUAUGCACUUGGAUAUGAUGAUGUGGAGGCAUUUGGACGAAAGAGUCGAGAACGACAACGAGAAUUAAUUCGAAGACGUAUGAAACUUCGUGGUGGAGAGGCAACUCAAGAGGAAUAUGAUCAAUUAAAGGAAGAAAUGGAUAGAGAUGAAAAAUUUCUCUUACGUAUGCAGUUUAUUGUAUUUGCAUUUCUUUCUCAUUCCCAGCGAGGAGAUACAAUUCCUACUUUCUGUUCUCAUGUUAUACAAUUGGGAAGACAGCAAGAUAAUGAGGCUGUUAAAGUUGCAUCUACUACCUCUUUGGGAUUACAGUGUUUAGUUAAUCCAGAUACCGUACAUACAUUUAUGCCACUUAUUCUCAGUGAUGCAAAAGAUAUUGUACCGAAUGCAGAAGGUUGUGUUUCCCUUACUGCAUUAGGGAUUGCCUUUGAUCUUGUAAUGGAGUAUGGUUUGCGUUUCUUUGACUGUCCAACACAUACUACUGGAAACAGUAAAAUGAAUCAUAACAGUAACCUUGACAAUAUCAGCAACAACCAUAGUAAUGAUAAUAAUAAUAAUAAUAAUAAUAAUAAUAAUAAUAAUAAUAAUAAUAAUCAUAAUAAUAGUAAUAAUAAUAUUCCUUCUGUUAUGGGAACCAUUACUACUACUACUACUACUACUACUACUGAAGGGAAUUUAGAAGCACGUCUUCAACAUGAACGUGCUUUGGCUCAAGAGGAUGAACAUCGAGUGGGAGGCAAUAAUUUGUUAAAUACAUUACGUUCAUUUUUACGUACUCCUUGCUCAGGGAAAAAUCCAAUUGUAGUUGUUGGAUUUUGUAAACUACUUAGUUGCAACCGUGUUCCUCAUUCUCAAGUUGCUGAAGUAAUAGCUGAUAUUUUAAUUCAUUACAUGGCCUACCGUCAGGAAGAGAAGAUAAAUGUCCGCGCAGCCUAUAUGGUGGAUUAUUUAAACAAAUUUUUAUACAGCUUUGCAUCCAGUCAUCCAAAUCGUCAAUCACUUUUUGUUCAAGGAGGAUUACUUGCCUUUACUCAGAUUCUGCGAUAUAAUUCUAAUUGUGCUAUGCGCUUAAUGGAACUGAUCACGAGACUUGGUGAUGCUUUUAUUCUUGUACAAGUACGUGAAAUAGAUCCAGAAACGGCUAGACAAUUUGCACGACUUGCAGAAAAUGGAAAUCUAACAACAGAAGACUCUACAUUGGCAAAGAACUCUUCUAUACGUACAGCGGCAACUCGUUCAUCCACUCAAAGUGGUCGUCUCGCAAGGGAAUUAAGUCGUUUUUCACUUCAUGAACAUAUUGCCAGUGAACUGCUUAUUGAAAUUUCACAGUCUGAUUCUGAAGAAGCACAGGAAGUAUGUAUUAAUAUAUUAGAGAAACGUAUGUACUUUUACGCGAAGGAACUUCCCUCAUGGCUCUUAUUUUGUGCUUCUCGUGCUUUGGAGAGAGUGAGUGCAAGUUUACAGAGACGACUAGAGGCCUGGAGAGAUGAGGCACGUGUACGUUUUUCAACCCAAUUAACAGAUGAUGAAAUUGCAGAUGAUGCCAACAAAACAAAGUGGACAGAGGCUCUAACCGCACGAGAAGGUGUUCUGGAGAAAUUACUGGAUAAUGGUGUGUUAACAGCCUUAUCUCAUACCUUAGAAGAGGGCUCUGCUGGUGAUGGGGAUGGGGCUGCUGAAAAUAAUAAUAAUAAUAACAACAACAACAUCGGUAGUGGACUAGUUUCAGUUAUGAAGAUUGAACGAAAACGUACACGGGAUGAGAAUACAGUUUUUGAUGUUGACUCCAUUGCAAGUCGCCAGAGGAGGUCACGUCGUUAG